UCCGCUUCAAGCUAGCCGAGCCACGACCACGCCGCCUCUUCUUCUGGAAUCUGGACUCUUCCUACCAACCGCCGGCUCCUGGAUUCCCCCUUGGCCCUUGCUGUGCGGCGCGUGUCCAUGGCGAUCGACCACGACUCCCCGCUCAAGGAGCCUCGCCUCAAGCACCGCAGGAUCACGGAAGGUGACGGCGAUGAGCCGGAGGAGGAGGUUGAGGUCCAUGAGGAUGCUACGGGGUCGGAGUCGGAGCGGGCGGUGUCGGCGGCGGCGCACGGGGCGCGGGGGCCUCGAUGGCUGCGCGUCCUGCUGACGACGCGCUUCUACACAACUUGCGAGGCGCACUCCCACUCGCGCACCAUGUUCUGCCUCGACUGCGCCGCCGCCGCGGGCGCCGCCGCGCUCUGCGGCCUGUGCGCCGGCCACGCCCACCUCGGCCACCGCGUCAUCCAGAUCCGCCGCUCGUCGUACAGCAGCGUGGUCCGCGUGUCGGACGUCCGUGGCCUCGUCGACAUGGACGGCGUGCAGACCUACGUCAUCAACGGCGCGCGCGUCGUCUUCCUCAACGAGCGCAGCCUAGGGCACGGCCACAGCCGCCUCAAGGGCAUCCACUACGCCUGCGUCACCUGCCGCCGCGGCCUCCGCGACGCCUGCCGCUUCUGCUCCCUCGGCUGCAAGGCCGCCACCGACGGCAGCACCUACUCCUACUCCCCGUCUCCGUCCCCGCUGUGCAAUGCCUUCGACCAGAGCUGCACGCCGCCGACACCGCUGCUCACCGUGCCGCUGCACCGGCGCAAGGGCAUUCCACACCGGGCACCCUUCGGCAACCUCGUCGUCUGACUUGCUACUAGCCCAGCUGCGGCAGGAUUGCAGUGAAUUUUUGACAGGAAAAGGAGAUUACUGAGUAGAAUUUCAUUACUGCUUACUAGAUAUUAUCACAUCAUUAGAACAGGAAAUCUUAUGCUCUGCAACUUCUAGUCUAGCCUUUAACUUCGGUAGUAAUGUUCUUAGGUGGUGCCAUAAGAAAUUUUGGGUGUCAUGAGAAUUAGCUAGCAUGAGCAGUAUGGCGACAAUGGAGUACUUUUCUGGUGACUCUUGCAGAAGAUCUGUAUGUAAGCAUGGUUGCAUGCUAGUAGAAGAGGAGAUUAGAGAUGGGAGCAUCUUGCUAAAUCUA